CGGUAUGAAUAACGCGCACCUCACUCCCGCCGCCCAUUCUGUCGCGAACCGCCGGCAACUCCGCACGUUGCCAUGAUUGACUACGCGCGCCCUUACGAUCAAAACAUGUGUGAUUAUUAUCUGCCGCAGUCGCCGCCGCCCGCGCGCCUCGACGAUUUCCAAGUUUUCAAAAAGGGAUCCGCUACGUGCACCUACGGGAACUACUACACUACUUACGAUGUCCUCGCAGAACCUGAGGUGGACUCCGCCACCAAUGUAUACCACAACCUCGUCAAUCUCAGGGAAUCGUACCGCCAGGAGGAUUGGAGAUACAAAGGUGUCAUCGAAUGGUCGGCGGACGACACUUUCUCUUGGAUCUUCGAUUGCGCCGUCAAUGAGGGAUACAAUGGCUAUGAUAUACCAUUUUAUAACCUCAGAGUCCCUGGUAUAGAGUUCAAAAACUUCGGACGAGAGGAUAUUCUUCACAGAAUGAUGCAUCCCAGCAUUGAUCCAAUCGUAUCAAGGAGGAUAGCCGAUAUAUUAUAUGAUAAGUUGCAGAUACGUUUGAGUGAAGAAAUGUUACGGCACUCCACGGUGCUGAAAUAUGCGGAUCCUUAUCAAAAUCAAGAAUCUGUGCAAACAAUGUUGGAUUUGGACUCAAUUGAUCACAAUAAGAAUAGGUUGUAUGCAUCAGAUUAUAAGCCAAACGACGGCAGUUUUAUGCAACCAGCUGACUCAAGUGACGAUGCUGAAGAUGUUUUUGGAUCACCGGAAACCGCAUCACCCGAAUGUGCCUACGGUAGUGAUGGAAGCAAAUCAAGUGAUGAAGAAGACAAGCGGAAAUUGUUUAAAAGACCCCCCGGCAGGCCGAAAGGCAGCGGCAGGAAAGUUGGCAAGCGUCCACGAAGCGUGUCCGUCCCGGAGUUCCUAAGAAACUUAUUGUUUGAUGAGAAAUAUUGUCCGUCUAUAAUAAAAUGGGAGGAUUACUCGCAAGGAAAAUUCAGAUUCGUGAAACCAGACGAAGUUGCGAAGCUUUGGGGUCAGAUGAAACAGAACGACAACAUGACGUUCGAGAAAUUCAGCAGAGCUAUGCGGUACCACUACAGGCAAUCAGUUCUCGUCUCGGUCCCCACGGCGCGUCUCGUCUACCAAUUCGGCCACAAAGGACCUGACUUCAGAACCGACAACCCGAACUUCGUGAAAGUCAAAUCGGAAUUGGAUGUUCACGACAUGACCUUCUCAAAUUCGUAGUUAAGUUUAGGAAUGGUUGACAUUUUGGUCAAUAAUUUGAUUCUCAGAGAAGGAAGGAUUGUGUUAAUGUUAAUGUACGCUCUUGGUACAAUUCUUUCUAAUGCUGUUCGUAGUUAGAGAAGUAUUAAGUGCGCGUUGGCGUUGAAUAUUGAAGGAUAUUGUUUGGUUAUGAAAAGAGGAUUGUCCAAGAGCUUAAUUGUUUUCAAUGAUAGAAAGAAUUAGGGUAUUGUGAAGGAGAUUAAUUAGAUAGAUAUUACGAGAAAUGUCUGAAAGAUCACGUAUGCUCAGAGUAGGUAUCGGUAUAGUUUCAAUGGUUGUAUACAGAACAAAGAUUGUUAAUGGUUAGUCCCGUCAAUUAAUGGUUGUAAAACCAAUUUGUUGAAGUGUCCAUAUUAUUUUUUUAAGUGUUUAAGUGUAUUUUCCGACGAUGUACACUUUACGUCUUAGCGAUUUUUCAGAGCUACGAAUUUUUGAUAAAAUAUUUUUGACGUUUCAAUAGUUAUUGUUGUUACCAUAAUAUUAAGGUUAUAUAAUAGUUAUUAGAUUAAUCAAUUAUGAGAACAUUCCAGUUUUAUUGUAAGACGUAUUUGAGAAUUAUUUAUAUCACUUUGUUUAAGUCGAUUUUUAUAAGUUUAUGUUGCCAUAUUGUGAAGUGGUUUAAUGUACUUAAUGUUAUUUAAUUAUCUGACAUUACUUUUUUCUAGAAAAUAUACAUAAGACACGUCUCUCAGUGCUUAAGAUUAUAUAUUUUAUAAGAUGAAAAGGCGCAAAUGUGCAAUAAAAAUUUGAAUGACAAGUGAAGAUAUGUAGGCCAAAGAUAAUGUAAUGAACAAAAAAAAAACAUGAUUUUUUUUCUUGUGAAAUUCUUAAUAUAUAUUAUACGUUAGUAUUUAAGUUAAUAACUCUCAGGCAAUUGCUGUGAUGUAAAGUAAAUUUGUAAAAUUACUUUUAUUUAUGUAAAUACUAAGUUAUAAUUAAUCUAAGCAUUUAUUUCUUAAGUCCGAAUUUUCAUUGUACUAAUUAAUGGCUUCAAGGUAAAACUAAUAAUUUCGCCAUCAUCAGCAAUUAAAAACAAAAAUAUGUAUUAUUUACAAUUUAUUUAUUUAUUUUAGUGAAAUAUGUUUUAUACUACUUUUAAUCAUGCCUGUUGUAUAUUAUUAUAACUACAGUAACUGAAGUACAAAUUUUGUCUAAACAUCACAUUAAAAUAGUUGUUUUUUUAUAGAAUUUUUACAUCUCAAAUUACGCAUAAUAACUACGAGUCUUGUUAUAAAUCGACCCUCAAUUAUAAUUAAAGAUAAUCUUUAGAAUAUCUUCAUUUGUACUGUAUUUAUAUGAAAUAAUUGUCGACAUUACGAUGGUCUAACUUUGUGACUGGACUUGUUGGUGUAUGGACAUAAUAUUAAAUUAUUUGUUACUAAAAUUAACUUUGUUCGAACUCUUUUCAUUAUAUUAUAUAAAUAACUGUAGGAAUUCGCAUACUUAUAGAUAAUAUUGUGCUCAAUAAUUUCUCUUGUCUUAAUGAUAAUUUAGUUUUUCAAUACAUUUGUUAAAAUUGUAUAAAUCGUUCGGAUUAUAACAAAAUGAAAGGACUGCUCUGUCUUAUUGAGCAGAAUAUAAGAAGCCUAGUUAGUAUAACUGUGGGAUAUCAGAGAAACGUAAUAAUGGUUCUAUUGGUGCAUACAAUUGCGUUGGUUAUUCACCUCUUAACUUGGAGGAAGAUUCGGCGAAACAUUCGUUGGCGAGUGUCGUUGGGAGCCACAAAUUCGUAAUGAGCAUAGUAAAUUCCUGUUCUCUAUUCCUUCCUUUAAUUACGCCAGAAAAACCGGUCCCAACGAAAAACUCCCUAAGAUUAGGGUACUGUUACACAUGCGUGUUAGUUCUACGCCUCGAUAUUCGCAGGAUGGUGUAAAUGCACCUUAAAAGGCAUAAUAGUAAAACUAGUUAAUGACUAUACGAGCAAUUUUUCUACUUAUUUCUUAUAUCACGUGUUCUUUGUCAUGGCAUGAUUAAAACUAUGUUUUUAUUAUUGCGAAUUUAUAUAACGGUAUCAGUUUUGCUUCUACUAACUCUAUAUGGCUAUCAAAAAGGAAAUUUGAAAUAUAAUGCUCUAUGACAAUAUCCAGUACGUAUUUAGUUGUUAGCUUGUUUUAGGAUUUUUUUAGCUUUAUCGAAAAAUUGUUUCUUUUUUUCUAUAAUCUACGGUAGGUUUAAUAUUGUUGAUCGUGCAAUUUUAAGACAAAAUAUGUGAAAUCUAAAGAAUACAUGAAAUAUGAAUGU